CGCCUCCCCAAAACCUAUGUAUCGGAAUUCCCAAUGUCGAAGCCCUUCUUUCCAUCCGUCACAUUCUCUACAUUAUGGUUACGUUAAACCCAAACCGGCCCGCGGCCGACCUCCAGGCUUCAGCGUUCCUGUUCCAUGCUUUUGCAUUCAUCCAGGCUGUACUGUUACACAAAAUGUCUAUAUGGAAGGGAGCAGAGGUCGGACUCUGCAAAAGAAACGCCACAAAAGUGGCACCUCCACGACCGCGUCCCGCCAAAAGCGGCCUACGGUUUGCAUACCCUAGGGCAGCGGUCGAUACGUGCUCAUACUCGUCAAGAAUGCCGAUCAUAUGGAGCGCUUCUGCCGGACAUAACUGCACGAAGUAAUGAAGGAGAUGGAGCUCACUUGGGCCAAAGUGAUCGACAACGCACUAGAUGAUUGAUCUGAUGUUUUAUACAUGUCUCGAUGCGCAGAGUCAGAAUGCUGCAGCCUAGGAACCUAGUGGUUUGCAUUCGUUACACACACUUUGAUUUUGAUUCCCAGGCCUCAGCUGGCCCAACCUCCUCAGUAUAACUGCUCCGUUCUCAUCCCCUUC